AAAAGCAAAAAUUACAUGUGGGGUUAUAAAUACACAUCCUUCUAAUCUCCUCAAGCCACAAAACCAAACCAGUCAUGGCUACCAAAAAGUCCUCCACUUCUCUGCUUUUGAUGCUUUCUUUCUUUGUUGGUUCUUUCUUUUGUGCCAUCAAAGCACAAAGCUCAUCACCUCCUAUAGCAAAUGGUCUCGCAUGGACAUUCUACAAGUCUAGCUGUCCCAAAGUUGAAUCCAUCAUCAGAAAACAACUCAAGAAAGUGUUCAAGAAUGACAUUGGCCAAGCUGCUGGCUUGCUCCGUCUCCACUUCCAUGAUUGCUUUGUUCAGGGGUGCGAUGCGUCAGUGUUGCUAGAUGGAUCGACGAGUGGACCGAGCGAGCAGGAUGCGCCUCCCAACUUGACCUUGAGAAAGAAGGCAUUUGAGAUCAUUGAUGACUUGCGCGAGCGGGUGCAGGACCAAUGUGGCCGUGUUGUUUCUUGUGCUGAUAUUGUCGCCAUUGCUGCUCGCGAUUCCGUUGUCUUGUCAGGAGGCCCUGAUUAUGAUGUCCCAUUAGGGAGGCGAGACGGACUAACCUUCGCAACUCUAAAUGUAACCUUAGCCAACUUGCCAGCCCCUACUUCUAACACUACUACACUUCUUACUUCACUAGCCACCAAAAACUUCGAUCCCACCGACGUUGUAGCUCUCUCCGGCGGCCAUACUAUCGGUCUUGGCCACUGCACUUCUUUCACAGAACGCCUUUAUCCAACCCAAGAUCCUACCAUGGAUAAAACAUUUGCUAAUAAUCUCAAAGAAAUCUGUCCCACAUCAAAUUCCACAAACACUACUGUGUUGGAUAUUCGAUCUCCCGAUACAUUUGACAAUAAAUAUUACGUUGAUCUUAUGAAUCGCCAAGGUUUAUUUACCUCGGACCAAGAUUUGUACACAGACAAAAGGACAAGAGACAUUGUUAAGAGCUUCGCUGUUAAUGAAUCUUUGUUCUUUGAGCAGUUUGUGCUUUCAAUGAUAAAAAUGGGGCAGCUGAAUGUGUUGACAGGUAAUCAAGGGGAAAUUCGUGCGAAUUGCUCGGUGAGAAACUCAGAUAAUCAGUAUUUGGUGACUGUUGUUGAAGAAGAUUUGGAGACAUUAGCUGAAUUAAGAUAAUUCUGAAUUAGUAUUUGGCAAAUUCAAGUUUGGGUUAUUAAGGUUUUACGUGAACCCUUUUUUUUUUUUUUUUUUUUUUUUUUUUUUUUUUUUUUUU